GCACUGCGCCGCGGCCACGACGGAGCCCGGCUCGCGCCUGACGCGCGUAGACGCGAAGUAAAGGCGGAUAAGUGAAAACGGGUGACGGCGCCUCUCGCCGGCGCGGACACUCUGGACUCCCCUCCAGGAGUCCAGGUCUGCAUUUCCCUCGUCUUCAGAGGGUCCUUUCCCAAGGCGCUUCCUUUAAAUCCCGCAGGGCCUUGGCCUCAGGGACGACCCGACACGGGCGCCUACCACCUGAGAAAGGUGGGCGCGAGUCUCCACCCCAGACCACCUUUGCGGAAGCCGACACCUGGCCUGCCUGCGCCCCGCCGUCUCGACCGCGUCUCACCUCCCCAGCUUCCCUCCCGGCCCGAGGGGCGCUCCCGCGCGUGCGGGGCGGGACACGGGCGAACCCCCCCACCCUGGUUGGCCGCCACCCCGCCCGCCCUUCCGCCGGCCCUAGCAACCGUUGCUGAGGGCCGUGACUCGGCUUCGCGGAGCCGGAAGAUUCCCGCGGCUCAUGAAUAUUUGCAGAUUCAGAGGAGGCCCCGCCCCCGUUGCCUUGGCGCCCAGGCCCCUCAACCCCGCGGCCGGAAGAACAACCCCAAGUCGAAGAGAGCGCCCGGCGAAGGAGGGCGCCCGGGACCGACCCCUCAGGUGCUGCCUGGGGCCACAUGCUGCCCUCUUGCCCAGAUGUUUGACCCACGGUGGGGAGAAAGCAGCUGCCUCCAGCAGGUUGGAUGUGAAUGGACCAGGCCUGGGACAGAGCCCAGGGGCCUUGGCCAAGCAGAGCCAGUGUCCGAGUGCGGGAGCUGAGCUGGCAGAGCCGGCACAACCCCCGCCCCCGGAGCAAGGCCCCGGGCAGCCGAGGGGGCAGCCGCAGCGAGCGGCUGGUGGAGGAGCACCUGUCACCUGCCCGACUGGCCCUGGCCCAGGUGGAUGACCUCCGACUGGUGAGCGUGCUGGAGCUGUGUGUCAACACCCACGAGAACAGCCUGGGGAACUUUGGGCUGCACCUGCCCAACCUCAGCCAGCUGAAGCUGAACGGCAGCUGCCUGGGCUCCCUGAGGGACCUGGGCACCUCCCUGGGCCGCCUGCAGGUGCUGUGGCUGGCUCGCUGCGGCCUGGCUGACCUGGACGGCAUCGGCUCCUUCCUGGCCCUGAAGGAACUCUACCUUUCCUACAACGACGUCUCGGACCUGAGCCCGCUGUGCCUGCUUGAGCAGCUGGAGGUGCUGGACCUGGAGAGCAACUGCGUGGAGGACCCGGGGCAGCUGUGCUACCUGCAGCUGUGCCCGCGGCUGGCCUCGCUCACCCUGGAGGGCAACCCGCUAUGCCUGCGGCCCGGCCCCGGCCCCGCCCACCAGGUGCCCCAGGGCUACAACUACCGGGCAGAGGUCAGGAAGCUCAUCCCCCAGCUGCAGGUCUUGGAUGAGUUGCCGGCCACACACACACGCCUGCCGACCUCCCGGAAGCUGGACCACGACUGGCUCAUGGUGAAGGAGGCCAUCAAGGAGGGCAGCGUCCUGCACAGCCUGCUCCCCGGGCUGGGUCGUCCCCACGGAUCCCCCGUUUGGAGACUCAGCCCCGAGCUAUGCUCACCUGAGACCCAGCGCAGGGCCCCCAGGCCCUGGCCCCGCUCCCUGCUGGUCCCCGGGGGCCUCCUGCCUGAAGGCCUUCUUCCCCAGAGCCCAGCCCCAGAGGACGACGCCAGCAGCCUCACCCACGGUGCCGGCCGGGUCCUCUGUGGAAACCCCACCAAAGGCCUGCAGGAGCGUCGGCACCAGUGCCAGGCUGGGGCACACCCACAGAGGCUGCCGCCUCCCGGGCCGGAAGACCUGGCCACCCGGGCCUCCGCCCCAGGGCCUGACCCUGCAGACAGCCGCCGCCGCCUGGCCUCGGCCGGGCUUCCGGCCUUGAGGGAGCUGCGCCUGCGUCCCCUCCCCAGUAGGCGCCUGGAGUCCCGGGAGGAGGGGGCCGCCGCCCCCGGGAGCCCACAGAGGGGCCCUGAAGAAGAGCAGGACAAGGCUGGGACCAAGACUCGCCCCAGCCCCCCGAGCCUGGCCCCAGAGCCUUCCAGGACCUUGGGCUACAACCUGACCCCCUCUCCUCCCAAGUCCCUCAUGCCAUCUGACAGGGGCAGCAGCUCCUGGGGGUCCACAGAUCUGCAGUUCCGGGGGCGUCGCCUCAGAGCCCUGGGUAGUCUGGGGCCUGGCCUGGGCCAGGGGCUGGCUGCAGUGACCGCUCUGAGAGCCCCAGAGGUGGCCUCAGGCCCCAGCCCUCGAGCCGAAGGCUGUCCAGGCCCAAGGCCAGCACCAGACCCAGCGGCCAGACCCCCAGCCUCCGGUGCAUGCCGCACCUGAACCUCAUGACCCCAGCCCAACCCCACCCCGAGUGUACACCACUACCCACUGCCAGGCUGGCCUGGGCGGUAGGCAAGGGCCCCAGGGCGAUCGUGGGAGCCCUCGUGUGAACUCUGGCCUCACAGAACCCAGAGCACCUGGGCGGGUGUGUUGGGGGGUGGGAAGUGAGCCUGGUACAGGAGAGGACCCUCUUGGUAGAGGGAAGUUAGGAGUUGGGACCACCAAGGGUGGGAAGAGGGAGAGCCCAGGAUAGGAUGGUCCAGCUCGCCACCGCUGGCCCAGCUGCCCGCCUCUUCCGUGUGGCCUGGCCUUCCCAGGAGGAGUAGGCCUGGAAGAGAGCAGACUGGGCCCAGGCUGGAGCUGGGCCCUGUCCAUCCCCUGGCCAGCCCUCCAGCUGCCCCAGGGCUCUGAGCCACCCUUGGGCUGCCGUGGUCCCGAGCAGAGGCGCUUGCCCUAGGCCAACCAGGGUGCAACCACGCCUCCCAUCCCUGGUGGACUUGUGGGGUUCCCCGCGCGGGGAUGGGGUGGCCAGCUCCCUCCUCUUGGGGCCGGAUACCCGGAAACCAAGCGAAUCAUUUUCGCGAAUCAUUUUCGACUGUCAGGUGUACAGAAAUGCGGUUUAGUUGGUAGGCGGCGUUGGUUCAAUAAACUAUGCAG